ACACAUGGAACUUUACUUUUUUUACAUAUUCCACGGCAAGGGGAAAAUCUUGCAAGAUAAACCCUAAACUUCAACCUCUAUAGUACUCUUUCUCUAAAAUAUGCCUUCUUUCCCACAGCCUGGAUCAGUCACUAUCUGCGAAAUAAACAGAGAUCUAGUUACAGCUGAGAGUAUCUCCGACGAUCGAGCCAAGUACACUUAUGGAAAAAUCCUGGGAAUGGUGUUCAGUCCCAUUCAAUUUCAAGCAGAUCCAGUGGCAGUCCCUAGUGGAGAGCAGGAGACACUAGAACAAGGAACUCCCAACAGUUUGUUUAAAGCGCUGCAAGUCUUUGCUAAUGAUUCUAUUAGACGCGUUUUUUAUCCCAAUAAUGUAAACUUGUUGCCAGAGGUUGAUUUUAAAGGGGUGAGCUGGCACCAACAUAAACAUAUUAUUGCAUUUAUCUCUAGCCCAAAUCAGGUUAUAAUUCGUGAUUAUGAAGAACCAGAAGGGAAGGAUGCAUGCAUCUUAUCUUGUGACUCCCAAAGAGAAAUCAAAGUUCUUGAGUGGAGGCCAAAUGGUGGAAAGUCGCUUUCAGUAGCAUGCAAGGGUGGAAUCUGCAUCUGGUCAGCAUCGUGUCCUGGAAAUGCAGCAUCUGUGAGAUCUGUUGCUGCUUCAUCCUUGGGAACUCUUUCUAGAGGCUCUGGAAAUCGGUGGACUCUAGUGGAUUUUCUUCGGGGUCAUAAUGAUGAACAAAUAAGUGCACUCUCUUGGAGUCCUGAUGGAAGAUACUUGGCAUCUGCUUCAUAUGAAAGUUCUUCAUUUACCAUAUGGGAUGUUGCACAAGGAUUGGGUACACCUGUUCGACGGGGUUUAGGGGGCAUAUCAAUGCUCAAAUGGUCACCUACUGGAGAUUAUUUUUUUACUGCAAAGUUUGAUGGGACAUUUUACCUUUGGGAAACAAACACAUGGACAUCCGAACCAUGGUCUUCAACCAGUGGCUUUGUCACAGGAGCUACAUGGGAUCCAGAUGGACGUAUGGUUCUGAUUGCUUUCUCUGGAUCUGCAACGCUGGGUUCAAUUCACUUUUCAUCAAAACCUCCAUCUUUGGAUGCGCACCUGUUACCAGUUGAUCUGCCAGAGAUAGUAUCCCUGACAGGCAGUCAAGGAAUUGAGAAAAUAGCCUGGGAUGCUUCAGGUGAAAGAUUAGCUGUAUCAUAUAAAGGAGGAGAUGAUGUCUACAGGGGUCUCAUCGCUAUAUAUGACGCCAGAAGGACUCCCCUGAUUUCUACAUCAUUAAUUGGAUUUAUUAGAGGGCCUGGAGAUGAUCCAAAGCCAAUUGCAUUUUCAUUUCAUGACAAAUUCAAACAGGGACCAUUGCUUUCUGUCUGUUGGAGCAGUGGGUUUUGCUGUACCUACCCUCUCAUAUUUCAUUCUCACAUUCUUGCCUAGUUAAGGCAGGUCUACUGGUAGAAGAUAUUUUUAACCCCUCUGCCCUCCGUAUCAUAUAUCAACUUUUCCCAUUGCGAGACUGUAAUUUCAAAGUAUCUGCCUUCUUUAAAGAAAAGGAUUGAAGCUUCUGGCAUUCGGAGUGCCAUAAUGUUAAAUUGACUUAAGCAUUUUGCUACUGCUUCGAGAAAGACUCAAGCCAUCUUGUUGAUCUUAAAUAUGUUGCCUAGAAACCUGCUUAUGCAAGGAGCUCAAACCAGCAUGGGUGAAGGCAUGGAAGUACAUGACAAGGUACUGGUCGCUUUUCUCAUGUGCAGAGAUUGAUCUUCAUUGUUUCUGUCGCAGGACGUGUGACUUUUGGUCAAAAUAAAGCGGCUAAGGGAGGCUUUUGGAGAACUUAUGGACCUUCUCUUUCCUGUUAACGUUUGUUUUUGUGAAACAAAGAGAGCUUCAAUAGACCAUUUGGUUGGAUGAUAGGUGAAAAAGGUUGAAUCAUUUUCUUUCAUUUUUAUGCAAAUAUUGUAAUGGGAGAUUACGGAAAUUGUGGAAAUCUUACAAGCCAUUGAAGCAUAGGAUAAUGGAAAAUCUCUGGUAGCUGAAUCUAGUUUAGGCACCCCAUAUGCCUCAUUAGGUGUUAUUGAGCACCAUAAAAUGUCAGUGAUAGCAAAUAAUAACAAUAAUAAUUAGUUUGAAGUGAAUGUUUUGUUCUAAA